AAAAACUUGAGGGACGCUAAGGAGAAUAUAAAUUAGGGCUACAAGAGCCCACUUUAAAAGCAGAAAACCCCUUAACCAUUUUGCUCUCGUCUCCUCAGCUGAAAAUCGCCGCUCAUCUGUUCAGAGACAGUUCCACGAUUUGUUCAAGAGAGGAAAAAAAAUGAGUAGAGGAAGUGCAGCCGUCGCCAAGGGAAAGAAGAAGGGAGUGUCCUUCUCCAUCGACUGCUCCAAGCCUGUCGAUGACAAGAUCAUGGAGAUUGCUUCCCUCGAGAAGUUCCUUCAGGAGAGGAUCAAAGUCGGUGGCAAAGCCGGUGCACUCGGUGAUUCCGUCACAAUCACCCGUGAGAAGAACAAGAUCACUGUCACUUCUGAUGGCCAGUUCUCCAAGAGGUAUUUGAAGUACUUGACGAAGAAGUACUUGAAGAAGCACAAUGUGAGGGAUUGGCUCAGAGUGAUUGCAGCCAACAAGGACCGUAACCUCUACGAGUUGAGGUACUUCAACAUCGCUGAGAACGAGGGCGAGGAAGAAGACUAGAAGAAAGAAACUACACUCCUGUUUUGCGGUUUUUUUUUGUUUAUGUUCGUUGCUGCUCAGUACAAUUUAUCUUCUUCCGUCUGUUCUUUUUUCUUGUUGAAGUUAGUUUUGGUUGAAGUUAACUUUUGUUUCAGACGAUUGUUUAAGAAAAAAUAUUUUGGCAUGAUUCAA